UCCUGCGCCCUCCCGUUCGAAGCUGCUAGUGCUCUGCUCUGGGGAAGCAGAGCUGGGAAGCAGGAGGAGGGAACGGCAGCUGAGGCGGCAGCAGAACAAGAAUGUGAAGCUUGAAGAAGCUUCUUGCCACUUUGCACAGGAAGGAUGGAGAUCCCCGAAGUGUUCAGACUCUCGUUAGUGCUCCUGGGUCUAUUCUGUCUCAUAUAUGUGGAGCCUCUCCUGGGAUCCCAGCCCAGCCAAAACCAUUUGCAGAGUGCAGCCAGUGCGUGCGGCGCGGGACCGCUCGGGUAUUACAGCGGCUCGCUGGCCAUCACCGAGAGCGGCGCAGCGUGUCUGAGCUGGGCUGAGUUCCCCGACUACGUCCAGCAAUACCCGGGCCGGGGCCUGGGCGACCACAACCACUGCAGGAACCCGGACGGGGGAGCUGCGCCCUGGUGCUUCUACCGACUCGCUUCGGGAGCCAUCGGCUGGGCUAACUGCGACUGCAACCAGGGCGCUGUGCGGCUGGCUGAAGGCGGCAGAGUGGAGCUGUACUUCAAUGGACUCUGGGGCACCAUCUGCGCUGACCACUGGACUGACUGGGAUGCCAGUGUUGUCUGCAGGCAGCUAGGCCUCAGUGAGAUCGGCACAGCUGGGAAGAGGAGUCAUUCUGAACUGUGGCAUAUUCCGCUCCACUUGCAGUCAGCAAACUGCCAUGGGGAUGAAAAAGCUCUGCUGCAGUGUGGUUAUCAAGAAGCUGUGUCAGGAGCUUGCAACCAGAGAGGUGCCAUGGCAACUUGUGUCCCUCCAGAAGGUGUAGGUGCGCCGCUGCGCUUGGUCGGGGGAAAGGAGAGCUUUGAAGGACGAGUGGAGGUUUACCACAAUGGCAAAUGGGGUACCAUCUGUGAUGACCAGUGGGAUGACCGGGAUGCUGAAGUAGUCUGUAGACAGCUGGGACUCAGUGGAAACCCAAAAGCCUUGUCAUGGGCUCACUAUGGGCAGGGAUCCGGCCCGAUCCUGCUGGAUGAAGUGGAGUGCUCAGGCAAUGAACUCUCRCUUGACCAGUGCAAGAAGAGUGACUGGGGACAACAGAACUGUGACCACAUUGAAGAUGCUGGGGUCUCCUGUGACCCUUUCACAGAGGGCACUGUCAGGCUGGCUGGUGGCCGCAGCCCCAGGGAAGGCAGGGUAGAAGUUUAUUACAAUGGAGACUGGGGCACAGUGUGCGAUGAUGGCUGGACGGAUCUCAGUGCCCAGGUGGUCUGCAGGCAACUGGGCUUCAGUGGUCCUGCUACUGUGACCUCUGAAGGGGACUAUGCUGCUGGCCAGGGCUUUAUCUUACUGGAUGAUGUGGCUUGCACCGGGACAGAGCUGUCCCUCUUGGACUGUCCCCAUAGCGCCUGGGGGCAGCACGACUGCUCGCACGCCGAGGAUGUGGGAGUCCACUGCUCCCCCGAGGGCAACACGGCCGUCGAUGGCAGCCUGGGGCCUCCUGUGAGGCUGGUGGAUGGAGAAAGCACCAAGGAGGGACGUGUUGAGGUGUUCCUGAACGGGCAGUGGGGCAGUGUCUGUGAUGAAGGCUGGACAGACAGAGAUGCUGCAGUGGUUUGCAGGCAACUGGGGUUCAGUGGGGCAGCAAAAGCCAGGGGAAUGGCUUAUUUUGGUGAGGGACAUGGGCCCAUCCAUCUGGACAAUAUAGAAUGCAGUGGCAUGGAGCACGCCUUGGGGGAGUGCGGCAGGCCUGACGCUGGCACUCGCAGCUGCUGGCACAGUGAAGAUGCUGGUGUGAUUUGUGACUACGUGGAAGAGAAGAUCCAGGAUAUUAGGAAAGCAGGUCCAGAGUUUGGCAUGUGUGGGAUGCGUUUGCUUCACCGUCGCAAGAAAAGGAUCAUAGGUGGAAACAAGUCUCUCAGGGGCGGCUGGCCGUGGCAGGCGUCACUGCGGCUGAAGGGUUUUCAUCGAGAUACUCGUCUGCUGUGUGGAGCGACGCUGAUAAGUAGCUGCUGGGUAGUGACUGCAGCCCACUGCUUCAAAAGGUUUGGUGUUGAUGUGCGACGCUAUCUGCUGCGGGUAGGUGAUUACCACACAGGUGUGAAGGAUGAGUUUGAGAGGGAGCUGCCUGUGGAGAGGAUUGUCCUCCACAGGAACUACUGGGCCAGCAGCAAUGACAAUGACAUUGCCCUGGUCCGAAUGCGGGGCAGAGAGGGACACUGCCUCUCCUUCAAUCGCCACGUUUUGCCUGUCUGCCUUCCUGGCAGGAAAGAGAAAUCUGACAUCAACAGGCAAGCCUGCAUCAUYUCUGGAUGGGGAGACACAGGAAAGUCCUAUUCAAGAACAUUACUCCAGGGGGUUGUGCCUCUUCUACCUCGGGAAGAUUGUGAGGCCCGCUACGGACAGAAGUUCACUAACCGCAUGAUUUGUGCCGGGAACCUCUCUGAAGAGAAGAGAGUGGACAGCUGCCAAGGGGACAGCGGGGGGCCGCUCAUGUGUCAGAGAUCAAAUGGACGCUGGAUCAUCUUGGGGAUCACUUCCUGGGGUUACGGCUGUGGCCGCAAGGAUUCCCCUGGUGUGUACACGAAGGUCAGCAAAUACGUGCCCUGGAUCAAGAAAGUGACCAAGCUAAAAUGAAAAUGAGCUGGUGGAUCUUCAAUAUAUGAUGCCUUUUGCCAUGCAGCAGCUGAGGGCUGGAGCUUCUCGCCUGUGCCUGACAUAGAUUUUUUUUAUUCUGUCAUUGGAUGCUGGGAAAACUUUGACGUAGGAUUUGGAGAGAAACGGUCAUGGCUGAUUUCUUAAAGUCUUUGGUUUCACUUUAGUCCUGAAUCUCUUAGCAGAGGAAGCAGCUGCACGCCAGUAAGACAAAUACGCCUGUGUUGCUCUGGCUGAGUGUAAUGCAAUCACGUUUGUCCCUGUUCCCUGGAAUAUCAAAAUGGUAGGAGUGGAGAGGUACCUGCCUUUGUAAAUCUCUUCCUCAGUUUUUGUACAUUUGCACACUUGAGAGAGAUGGCAAAGAGAGGUGAGAUAUUUAGGAAAUGGCAUCAGGUUGUGGCACAGUAGAAAUCUUGAGUUUUUUUUUUUUUU